AUGCCAAAAAAGAGCUAUAAUUCUACCAAGGUGUCCGCUUAUGUCACCCAAACAUCACAAGUUAAGUCGUCCAAUGUGUUUUCGGAUUGUUUACUUUGUGAUGGACUCCACAGGUUGUGGAAAUGUGAAUCCUUUAUCAAGAAGUCUGUUCCAGACCGUGCAAAGUUUAUCCAGUCAAAAGCUUUAUGUUUCAAUUGUUUUCGUACCAAGCAUGUAGCACGCAACUGUCCCAGUGACAACCGAUGCAAAAUUGAGAACUGCGGAAAAUUGCACCAUUCGCUUCUACACAACCAAGAACGUAUCAGACAGGACAAGCCUUCUGAUAGAAAUGCAACAAGCGACACUUCAACUCAUGUUGUCAAUGGAAGCACUGAUGCAUCAAUUCUCAAUUCAAGAAAAAGGGUAUAUCUCAUGAUUGUACCGGUUAAUGUAACUUCGUCAGAUGGUUCACACUCUGUAAAAACCACUGCACUUCUUGAUUAUGGCUCAAAUGCAACUCUUUGUAAGCUAAGUCUUAUGAAGAAACUUAAGGUGAAAGGGAAGCAAGAUUCUUUCACAAUUUCCACAGUCAAUGGCCUACAUAAGCAAAACGGCUACAGAUUGCACCUAAAUGUUAAGGGUCUACAGGAAUCUGACGAGUUUAUGUUGGAAGAUGUUCUAGCUGUUGAGUCACUUCCAAUACUUUCAGAUGGACUUCCUACGAAGGCAGAUAUACAAAGUUACCGGCAUCUCAACGGUAUCGAUUUUCCUGAAAUAGGGAAUCAUGAACCAGAAUUAUUGAUUGGUGCUGAUAAUUAUGAAGCUCUAAUAAUUCAAGAUAGAAGACUAGGUAAUAAAGGCCAACCUGCAGCUGUUCAUACCCCACUUGGAUGGACACUCAUAGGCAAAGAUGUUUCAAAGGUCACCAACGGUAUGUCUAUCAAUUUUGCUAAUGUUGAAAGAGAUGUUCUUUGUGAGCAGUUGCAACGAAUGUUUAAUUGUGACUUCAGUGAAUCUGAUUUCACUGAAGAAUUUGCACCUUCAAUCGAAGAUACGAGAGCUUUGUCAAUCAUGGAAAAUCCAAUAUGUAAAGUUGAUGGUCACUAUCAAAUGAGGUUACCAUGGAAAUGUGAAGAACCACAAUUCCCACAGAGGUAUAAAUUUGCAAAGAAACGACUUGAUUAUUUGAAGAGAAAAUUUCAACGUGAUCGAGAGUAUUUUGAUAAAUACAAAGAAAAAAUUCAUGAAUAUAUUGACAAUGAUUAUGCUAAGAAAAUACCUGAAGACCAUGUCCCGUCUGAUGAAAAGAAGAUUUGGUAUUUACCUCAUCACUCAACUGGUGAAAAGUUUAGGCUUGUGUUUGAUUGUUCAUUCAAGGUGGACAAUAUAUCUCUCAACAAUCAAGUAUUACAAGGACCAGACCACUGCUCAAAUCUUGUUGGAGUUCUGACCAGAUUUAGACAGGAAGACAUAGCCUUUGUGUGUGACAUAAAAGGAAUGUUUCAUCAAGUUAAAGUUCAUCCUGAUGAUUGGGAUUCCUUAAGAUUUUUAUGGUAUCCAAAUGAUGACCUUUCAAAGGAACCUGAAUUCUAUUUUAUGACCAGAAGUCUUUUUGGCCUAACCAGUUCACCCAGUGCAGCUGGAUAUGCUUUAAAAAGAGCUGCAAUAGAUAAUGAAACAAAUGCUAAUAUUGAUGUUUUAAAUACAGUUAAUAAUAAUUUUUAUGUUGAUGACUGUUUGAAAUCUUGUGAUUCUUCUAAUUGUGCUAUUGAUACAAUUAAUCAGUUAGAUUGCUUAUUAUCUAAUGUAGGUUUUCACCUUACCAAGUAUCGCAGUAACUGCCGGUCUGUUCUUUCUUCCAUUUCAGAUAUAGACAAAGCUAAAGAUAGUUUUUUGGAUUUAACACUUGAUAAAUCAUAUUGCUCUAAGACACUUGGUAUUAUGUGGAAUAAUGUCAGUGACCAGUUCACUGUGAAAGUGGAUAUAAAGCCAAAGCCUCUCACGAGACGUGGUUGUCUCUCUAUGAUAUCACAAAUAUAUGAUCCAUUGGGUAUGAUGCAACCAUUCAUCUUACCAAUGAAAAGCCUCAUGCAAACUCUAUGUGCUCAAGAUAUUGGAUGGGACUCUCCGAUCCCAACCCGAUAUGAAGAAAUAUGGCAAAAAUGGGUUAACGAGCUUCCGAGACUGCAGGAAGUGUCCAUUCCCAGAUGUUUCAAACCACCAGGAUUUAAGACAGACCACAUUGAGCUUCAUACAUUUUGUGAUGCCAGCCAAGUUGGAUAUGGUGCAGUGAGUUAUUUGCGUAUGAUGUCACAGAAUGGUGUUAUUCAUUGCUCAUUUGUUUUGGGAAAAUCUCGAGUGACACCCAGAAAGCAGAUUACCAUCCCAAGAUUGGAGCUAUGUUCUGCUGUACUUGCAGUGAAGCUCAGUCGAUUUGUCCUAAAGGAGUUGGAAUACAAAGUCAACAAUGUUUAUUACUGGACAGAUUCAACUUCAGUGCUCCAGUAUCUAUCAAAUACAUCAGCAAGGUAUCAUGUUUUUGUAGCUAACCGAGUGGCUCAAAUUCACAAUAGUUCAUCGAUUAAUCAAUGGAGACAUGUAGACACUAAAAAUAACCCUGCAGAUGUAGCAUCACGAGGAUUAAGUCCUAGAUGUAUCGACAAAGCCAUUUCUUGGUUUAACGCACCUAAAUUUCUUUGGCAUUCUCAGGAACACUGGCCUAAGCGUCCUGAAGUUUUACCUCGGAUUCCUGAAAAUGAUCCUGAAGUCAAGACUAUAAUAAAUACGAAUGUUAAUAUGGAAAAGGAUAAUGUCAAGUCUGUAUUGUCUAUGCUUAUGGAGCGCUACUCAGAUUAUGGGCGACUUCAAAGGGCAAUUGCUUGGAUAAUACGUUUCACAAAAUUCUGCAAAGCAAAGUAUUUGCACAAAGUUAAAUUUCAAGAUAUAGGCAAAUUAAGUGUUGAUGAGCUGGAUUAUGCCACUCAUGAAAUUCUCAGAAUCACCCAGCGUGAUGUGUUUUCUAAACAAAUGAAGUAUCUUGAAAUGAAUAAUAUAGAACAUAAGGUUCCAAAGAGUCAACUUCGUAAAGGUCAAUGUCAGUCACUUCAGAAUUUAUGUCCAUUUAUCGAAGAUGAUUUGAUGAGAAUUGGAGGACGUCUUCAACAUUCUUUGCUACCACUACAUAGCAAACAUCAAAUAAUUCUACCUCAAGAUCACCAUGUGACAAGAUUACUCAUCAAAAAGUACCAUGAGCAAGAGGGACAUAGUGGCACAUUACAUGUUCUUGCAGUCAUUCGAGAACGAUACUGGAUAAUACAUGGUCAAUCUACUGUUCGCUCUUACCUAAGGAAAUGUCUUAAAUGCCGCAUGCAAAGAGCAAAGGUUGGCAAACAAGUUAUGGCACCUCUUCCUGCCAGCAGGGUAACCCCAGGUCAUCCAGCCUAUACAUGGACUGGAAUAGAUUAUAUGGGGCCAGUCAUAAUCAAGCAAGGAAGAAGCACAAUAAAGCGAUAUGUUUGUGUUUUUACAUGCAUGUCUUCUCGUGCUGUUCAUCUUGAAGUUUCACAUUCUUUGGAGACCAAUUCGUUUCUAAAUGCCUUGGAACGAUUUUCAAGUCGUCAUAUCAUGCCAAAGGAGAUCUACUGUGACAAUGCAUCUACAUUUGUUGGGGCCGAACGAGAACUCAAGGCUGCAAUAAAGUCCUGGAACAAUGAUAAAUUACACAACUAUAUGCUUAAUCGUGGUGUCAAGUUCAUCCACUCACCUCCACUUGCUUCCCACCAAGGAGGAUGUUGGGAAAGAAUUAUUCGUACAGUGCGUAAAGUUUUGUAUGCACUGGUUGGAGAAAGAGUGCUUGAUGAUGAAGGCCUACAAACGUUUCUGUGCAUUGUGGAACGAAUCAUCAAUAAUCGUCCUAUCACCUCAUCCAGUGACGAUGCUGCGGAUUCUCCCCCUCUAACUCCAAAGAUGCUGUUGACGGGUCAACUUGACUCGUCGCUUUCUCCUGGAGAGUUCAACCGAGCAGAUGGAUAUCGUAAAUCCUGGAAACUAGUCCAUCGCUUAGCGGAUCAAUUUUGGUCACAAUGGAUCAAGCAAUAUCUUCCUCAACUUCAGGCCAGACAAAAGUGGCUCCAUCCUGAAAGAAACUUCAAAAAGGGCGAUUUAGUUCUCGUUGUAGAUGAGAACACCAAGCGAGGCUUAUGGCCCAAAGGAAUCAUCAGGGAGACCUUUCCUGACAGUAAUGGUCAUGUUAGAAGAGUGCGUGUAGACACUGCCUCUUCAUCUUUCAUUCGUGAUAUCAGAAAAUUAUGCUUCCUAGAAGAAUUGUGA